AUGGAUAGAGAGAAACAAGAACGAUAAUAACAAUUAACUCUAGAAUAAUAAUUGCGAUUUGAUUGCAAUAAAUUGUGUGAGCAAAUAUUGAUGAAUGAAUAUAAUUCAGGAGUGUAAGAAUGGGUUUAGUUUAAUGAUGGAAAUGACCCAAAACUCACAAAUUUCAUUCUUGAAAUAUUCAUUAAAUUAAAAAAGCCAUCGAAGUUGAUCAGUAAAGAUAAUAAAAUAGAUCAUAAAAUAAUAUCAGAAUGGAAUAGUUAAAAUAUUAAAGAUUGGGUAGAACAUGCUAAAGUAUUAUACGAAAAUUAGAAAAAUUCAGAUGAUGCAAGUGAAAUUUUUGCAGUCGCUUUAAGAGGAAUUUAAAUAGCGAAUGGAAAAACUGCAAGACAUACUUAAAUAGCAUGCUGUGUAUUCUUUUAUAAUGAUUUGGGGCAAGUUGGAGAAGUUUAUACUGGCGAAGGUAAAACCUUGAUUAUUUAACUGUGGACAGUAAUCUAAGCAAUCAGAGGAUAUAAAGUUGAUAUUAUAAGUAGCUCAAGUGACCUUGCAGAAAGAGAUUAUUUGGAGAGUAAGAAUGUCUAUAAUCAAUAUGGGCUAAUGUCUGAAAUAAUUUGUGAUAAUAAAGCUAAUUAGCUAGAGGAAAUUAGACCUAAGAGGUAUUAGGCUGAUAUUGUAUUUGGUGACAUUGGUUCUUUUGAAAGAGAUUAUUUAUUAGAUACAUCAUUAAUUGGAAAAAGUGUUCGUGCGGGUAGAUCAACUGGUUGUCUCAUUGUAGAUGAGAUCGAUAGCUCUCUUCUUGAUAAAGGAGAGAGUACACUCUAUUUAUCACAUAAAAUAGCUGAAUUAUCAUGUCUUAAAAAUCUUUAUGUUCAAAUAUGGGCAUCAAUUCAUGCUAAAGGAAAUAGCUAGGGAACUUAAGAAGAUAUCAAUAUUGUCAUCGAGAGUCUUAAAAUAAGAAUUAACUCCAAAAACAUCAAGAUUCCUAAUAUUUUAAAAGCCCUUGUGCUUAGAAAACUUCCUGAGUAUGUUAAAAAUGCUUUUACAGCAAAAAAAAUGAACUAAAAUGAUCCAUACAUUUUAAAUAUGAGAUAAGAAAAUGGAAGAGUAGUUGUAAUGGACAAAGAAACAGGAGUAGAAUAAAAGUCAACCUAAUGGAGUAAUGGACUUCAUUAAUUCUUACAACUUAAGCAUUAAGAUAGACUUACGCCUGAAAGUUUUAGAGCUGUAUUUAUAUCUAAUUUAAAGUAUUUUCAAAAUUACACAGGAAAGAUCUAUGGUCUUACAGGGACUCUUGGAUCGAAAGUUGAAAGAAAACUUCUUGGUGAUCUUUACAAAUUGAAAUUUUUUAAUUUACCAAGAUUUACUUAAUCUAGCUAUGUUUAAUACGAUCCUAUUAUUGUACCAUCACUUUAAGUUUAGAUGAAUAUGAUAAAAAUAAUAAUAUAAGAUAUUGCAGUCAAUAAGAAAAGACCUAUUUUAUUUAUUUGUGAAAACGUCAGCUCAGUCCUCUAGUUAGAGUAAUUUAUAUAAAGCUUUCACAAACUUGUUUAUAUAAGAAUAUCAGCUGAUGAAAAAUUAAAAAUAGGGUCUGAAUCAGUUCUUGAAGGUGGAGAAGUAAUUGUUGCUACUAAUAUAUCAGGAAGAGGAACUGAUUUGAGGAUCAGUGAGGAUGUUAGUAAAAAAGGAGGUUUGCAUGUGGUUGUAACGUAUGUGACAAGUAAUAUUAGAAUCGAAGAAUAAGCCUUCGGUAGAACUGCAAGAACGGGUUAGUAAGGUAGUGGAUAAUUUUGUAUAUAAUUUUCCAACUCUGAUUUAUCUAUUGAUGACAUAAAAUUAGAGAGAGACAAAUUAGAAAGUUAUAGAUUAGGAGAACUCAAGAAAAAAACUUUAGUCAGACUUGAGGUUGAAGCAAUACUGUUUGAAAAGUUUAUUAAGCUGUAUUCGAUUUUUUCAGGUAAAUUAAAAAGUGAUUUAAACCUCUAGCGAAUUUUUGAUGAUAAUACAAUUAUUACUAAGUAUUAAGAAUUGCAACUAGAUUUCCUAAAAAAUAGAUGGGCUUUCUUUUUAGAGGAUAUGACUGAUUAAUUAAAUCAAGUAUACAAAAAUGGUAGAAAAGACGUAUUUAUCAAAUAUGAACAUUUUUAAAAUGAAUGCCAUACAUUAAUGAUUGAUUAAAGCUGUCUUAAAUUUGCAAAAACUUUCUGUGAAUUAGUAAAAUUGGGAAAUUUUUUUGAAGAACACAAGUUCAUCAAACUGGCUUUGAAAUCUUACAGUAGAGUAAUUAAAAAUGAACCUGAGUUUUGCGAGGUUGCAUUCUAUCGUAAAGCUAAAGCUUUGAUGGAUAAAAAUAGUUUAAAGUUAUACGAUUACUUUGACUUUAAGAAAAUUUUGAAUAAAACCUUUAGUGAAGAUGAAAAAGACCUAGAAAAGAGAUAUUAAAUAGGAAUAAUACUUAGACAAAGUCAAAAUCUUAUGCAAGAAAAAAUUAAUGAAUUGCUUGCAACAAUCGAGAUUAUGAAAGCGGUUGAUAAAAAUUAUUAAAUUAGAAAAAAAGAUGUUCAAUAUGAAAAUCUUUUUGAGAAGUAGAUUUAGUAGCUAAUAGGACUAUACAACUUUCAUAUUGACUCUAUCAAAUAAUCAGUUGGAGAAUAACCAACACUAGAUGUUUUAAAAGUAUUAUACUAAUGCUGCGAUAAUUAAAAAUUAUUCAAUGAGAUAAAUGAGUAUUUUGAUAAAUCAGGUAUAUUUAAACUUGAGAGAAUAUCUUAAAAGGUUAAAAUAUAAGAAGCUCCAUACAGGUUCAAAAUUGAAGAUCAAAUUAUCGAAAUCCCAUUUAAUCUUUAAUAUUGUGAUGUAGAGAUUAUAAAUGUUUUGAAAGGAAAAGUUGGUAAACCAACUUAUGAGUAGCGAUAUGUAACCUAAAAUGAAUUUAAAGAUGUGUUUUUAAAUUAAGAUGAUGUUUUUUCAAUCUUAAUAAAAAAUGGUUAUCUAAGCGACCUAAAAUAAUUUGUUUAAAUUCCUUAAUAUGACCCAGCUAUAUUCGAAAGGUGUGGCUUCUUGACCUAAGAUGCUUAAGUAGAAAUAAAUAAUUUUUUAUUAUAAAAUUCAGAGAUGUAAUUUAAAAUUGAAGAGUUCAAAAAUUAAUUAGGUUCAUUCUCUAAAUAUUAUGAAUAGCUAAUAGCUAAAAAUAUUGUGCUUGUUGAUGAGUAAGGAACUUUUAAAAUAAAAAAUUAAGAAAUUAUGAAUAAACAGUUAGGGAAUCGAAUCAUUAGAAUAAUUUAAAACUAUAUUGAUCAAGCUUAGUCUGGAGAUAUUUAACCAAUUUUUGUGAAAAAGAGCAAUCUUGAUGUAUAAAAAACUGUUUAAGAGUAGUUCGCAAAUUUAAAAAUGUUUAUGAUUUAAAAUAAAAUCCUGAAGCUUAAAGAUUUUAGGUUCAAAAUCACUAAUGAUAGUAAGAAAAGGAAGAAAGAAAUUGAAGAAAUAUUAUUUAAAUUUAUAGAUAAAAUUGAUUUUUAGAUUGAUAAGGAAAGAUAAAAUUCAGUUCUUAAUCACUUUAGAUUAAUUAUUGAAACUAUGUCAGAACCUAUUUUAGAGGAGAAAUACAAGGAAAAGAAUAGGAUUUUCAAUUCUGCUAACUUAGGAUAUGCCCAAAAAUAAAAAGUUUUUGAAGAGUAGAAAGAAAAAUUCAAAGAGACAUUUGUAAAUGAAUUAAUAGCUAAAAUAGGAAUUAACAAAACUGAAGAUUCAAUAGAAUUCGAUGUUAAUACUUUAGUUUCCAAAUUUGUUGAUUAGAAAAAUCCCAUUCCUAGAGAAAUGGAAGAAAUGAAUGAUAUAGGAUUAGAACAAAUUUUAGUCUUGAAAAAAGGAUGGGAGUUUAAUUGGAACGCUCUCGGAUGUUUCCUUAUUGGUAUUGCUCAAAUAUGUGUAGGAUUCUUAUUGAUAGCUACUGGAGUGGGUGCCGUAUUAGGAAAUAUGCUUAUUUAAGAGGGCUUUUCUGAUAUAAUUUAUGGCAUUUAAGCAAUGGUUUCUGGUGAGUUUUCUUGGACUGAGUAUGGAAUUCAAAAAGCAAUAAGUGUUGCAUUAUCAAUAGUUACUUUGGGUUGCUCCUCAGUUGCUGGAACAAUUGGAGCUUAAACAUUAAAUAUCGGAAUGAAAGCUGGAAUUACAGCAAUCAAAAAGGGGGCUCUCAAAGCUAUCCUUCCAUUAAUUAAAGAUAAAGUUAUUGAAUGGACUGUCAGUGCACUUGGAGUUUUAAAAAAAAUUAUUGAAGAUUUUAUAAAGAAAGGAUCAUCCUGGCUGAUAAAAAAGGGAAUGGAAAUAGUUGAUACAAUUAUUGAAAAGUUUAUUGAACCAAGUAAAAAUUAUUUGAUUUAAUGUAUGACAAAGGUAGCAAUGAAAGAUAGAGAGGAUUUUUUAAAGAAGUCUUUGGAUAAUUUACACUAGAACUUUGAAAAUUUCCAAACUAAUUCUAUAAAUUUUAUAAAUUUGUUUAAGCAGGGAAAAGAUAUUUUGGUAAAGAUCAUUGAAAAUAUUCAAGAUGGCGGGUAAAGCUUUGCAGUUCAUGCCAAUUGA